GGGCACCUGCAGCGCGCGGAAGACGCCGGGGACGCACGGGAGAGCUCGGCUCUGACGCUCUCCUGUCAGCACCUCCUCCCCAUACCUGAGCGGGGAGCGGCGGAGCUUAGCUGCCUCCUCCUCUUUCUCUCUCUCCUCCUCUCCCUCCUCCUCCGCUGCUGCCGCUGCUCCUCCCAGCCUUAGUCCUAACUCCAGCCGGGCUGCCGCCCAAGUAAAGGUCGCUCUGGAGGAGAGAGGAGCCAGGAAGCAGAGCCUCGAGUGAACAGGGAGGGGAAAGUAGGGGCGAUUAAAAAAAAAAAGAAGGAAAAACUCUUUGCAAGCGCAGGAAGAUGGCGCCACACGGACAGCGGCUGGUAUGAGAGCCACCAGGGGCAGCGAGCAGCACCGGAUUCGGGGAUUGACCUGGAGAGAGGGGCCGGUUCACUGGUGCUAGGGCUGAGCUUCCAGGCGCGCCUCCUGGCUUGUCUGCUGCACCGGCGGGGUCAUGUCGGUCUGCGAGCUCUACAGCCAGUUCACAAGGGUUUGGAUCCCUGAUCCUGAUGAAGUCUGGCGAUCGGCAGAGAUAGUGAAGGACUACAAGGAGGGUGAGAAGAUUCUUCAUCUUAAACUUGAAGAUGAAACUAUCCACGAAUACCCGGUUGAUCUAAGUACCAACCAGCUCCCCUUCUUACGAAACCCAGAUAUCCUGGUGGGAGAAAAUGACUUAACAGCUCUUAGUUAUCUUCACGAGCCUGCAGUUUUGCAUAAUUUAAAAGUCCGUUUCUUGGAGUCGAACCAUAUCUACACCUACUGUGGUAUUGUGCUUGUUGCCAUCAACCCUUAUGAGCAGUUGCCAAUCUAUGGACAAGAUGUCAUCUAUGCAUACAGUGGCCAAAACAUGGGGGACAUAGACCCUCACAUCUUUGCAGUGGCAGAAGAGGCCUACAAGCAGAUGGCCAGAGAUGAAAAGAACCAGUCCAUCAUAGUAAGUGGUGAGUCAGGAGCCGGAAAGACAGUGUCAGCUAAAUAUGCCAUGCGAUAUUUUGCUACAGUUGGGGGGUCUGCCAGUGAAACCAACAUUGAAGAAAAAGUCCUUGCAUCCAGCCCCAUCAUGGAGGCCAUUGGAAAUGCUAAAACCACUCGAAAUGACAACAGCAGUCGCUUUGGAAAGUACAUUCAGAUUGGAUUUGAUAAGAGACACCACAUUAUUGGGGCCAACAUGAGGACCUACCUAUUGGAAAAGUCCAGAGUUGUCUUUCAGGCAGAUGAAGAAAGAAAUUACCACAUCUUCUACCAGCUCUGUGCAGCAGCCAGCCUUCCAGAGUUUAAAGAGCUUGCACUCACAUGUGCUGAGGACUUUUUCUAUGUUUCUCAAGGAAGAGACACUUCUAUUGAAGGUGUUGAUGAUGCAGAAGACUUUGAGAAAACCAGACAAGCCUUCACUCUUCUUGGAGUGAGAGAGUCCCAUCAGAUAAGUAUUUUUAAGGUAAUUGCUUCUAUCCUGCACCUUGGAAAUGUGGAGAUUCAAGCUGAACGCGAUGGAGAUUCCUGUAGCAUAUCACCCCAGGAUGAACACCUCAGGAAUUUUUGUAAGUUGCUGGGGGUUGAGCACAGUCAGAUGCAACAUUGGCUGUGCCACCGAAAACUGGUGACCACCUCUGAGACCUACAUCAAGACCAUGUCCCUGCAGCAGGUGGUCAAUGCCAGGAAUGCCCUGGCUAAACACAUCUAUGCCCAGAUGUUCAACUGGAUCGUGGAGCACGUCAAUAAGGCUCUGCACACCAACCUCAAGCAGCAUUCCUUCAUUGGUGUCCUUGACAUCUAUGGAUUUGAAACUUUUGAGGUGAACAGCUUUGAACAGUUUUGUAUCAACUAUGCAAAUGAAAAACUCCAGCAGCAAUUCAACUGGCAUGUCUUCAAACUGGAGCAAGAAGAAUAUAUGAAGGAGCAAAUCCCAUGGACCCUGAUUGAUUUUUAUGAUAACCAGCCUUGCAUCGACCUAAUAGAAGCUAAACUGGGCAUCUUGGACCUGUUGGAUGAAGAAUGCAAGGUUCCCAAAGGCACAGACCAGAAUUGGGCUCAAAAAUUGUAUGACCGGCAUUCCAGCAGCCAGCAUUUCCAGAAACCCAGAAUGUCCAAUACCUCCUUCAUUGUCCUUCAUUUUGCAGAUAAGGUGGAGUACCACUCUGAUGGAUUUCUGGAGAAAAAUAGAGACACGGUGUAUGAAGAACAAAUCAACAUCCUGAAGGCCAGCAAGUUUCCGCUGGUGGCUGAAUUAUUCCAAGAUGAUAAGGACACAGCACCUGCUACUUCUUCAUCUGGGAAGGGGGCAUCUUCAAAAAUCAGUGUGCGCUCUGCUAGACCUCCCAUGAAGGCUGCCAACAAGGAGCACAAGAAAACUGUGGGGCAUCAGUUCCGCACCUCCUUGAACCUGCUUAUGGAGACACUGAAUGCCACAACACCCCACUACGUCCGCUGCAUCAAGCCAAAUGAUGAAAAGCUUCCCUUCCACUUUGAUCCAAAAAGAGCAGUCCAGCAACUCAGAGCCUGUGGGGUACUGGAGACCAUCCGUAUCAGUGCAGCUGGUUAUCCAUCCAGGUGGACCUAUCAUGACUUCUUCAAUAGAUACAGAGUGCUCAUUAAAAAGAGGGAGCUCUCCAACACUGACAAAAAAGCCAUCUGUAAAAACGUCCUGGAGAAUCUCAUCAAGGAUCCUGAUGCAUUCCAGUUUGGCCGCACCAAAAUCUUUUUCCGGGCAGGCCAGGUAGCAUACCUGGAAAAACUCCGGGCGGACAAAGUCCGGGCAGCCACCAUUAUGAUCCAAAAGACUGUGCGGGGCUGGCUACAGAAAGUGAAGUAUCGCAGGUUGCGAGGGGCCACCCUAACUCUGCAGAGGUACACCCGGGGAUACCUUGCACGCAGGUUGGCUGAGCACCUGCGGAAAACCAAGGCAGCCAUUGUCAUCCAAAAACAGUAUCGGAUGCAGAGGGUCCGGCAAGCCUAUAGAAGGACCUAUAAGGCUACUGUCACCAUCCAGGCCUUUACCCGAGGCAUGUUUGUACGGAGAGCCUACCGCCAGAUCCUAUUGGAACACAAGGCCACCAGGAUCCAGAAACAUGCCCGGGGCUGGAUGGCCAGGAGGAGAUUUUUGCAGUUUCGGAGGGCGGCCAUUGUUAUCCAGUGUGCCUUCAGGCGCCUGAAGGCCAGGCAGGAGCUGAAGGCUCUCAAGAUCGAAGCCCGCUCUGCUGAGCACCUGAAGCGAUUGAACGUGGGCAUGGAGAACAAAGUGGUUCAGCUGCAGAGGAAGAUUGAUGAUCAGAACAAAGAAUUCAGGAGCCUGACAGAGCAGCUGUCCACGGUGACCUCUGCCCACAACAUGGAGAUGGAGAAGCUGAAGAAAGAACUGAAGAGAUACCAGGAGAGCCAGGGUGGGGAUGACAGCCAGCGGCUGAGUCUCCAGGAGGAGAUUGAGAGCCUCCGGGCAGAGCUGCAGAAAGCCCACUCAGAGAGGAAGAUACUCGAAGACAUCCACACCCAGGAGAAAGACGAGCUGACAAAGAGAGUAUUGGACCUGGAACAAGAAAAUGCGCUUUUGAAAGAUGAAAAAGAAAUGCUUAACAACCAGAUCUCGUGCCAAUCUAAAGAUGAAUUUGCCCAAAAUUCGGUAAAGGAGAAUCUCCUACUGAAGAAGGAGCUGGAGGAGGAACGGUCACGAUACCAAAACCUUGUGAAGGAAUAUUCUCGACUGGAGCAAAGCUAUGACAACCUUCGGGAUGAGAUGACCAUCAUAAGGCAAACCCCAGGUCAUAGGCGAAACCCUUCAAACCAGAGUAGUUUAGAAUCUGACUCGAAUUACCCAUCAGUCUCCACAUCUGAGAUUGGGGAUACUGAAGAUGCAAUCCAGCAGGUGGAGGAAAUGGGCCUGGAGAAGGCAGCUAUGGACAUGUCUGUCUUCUUGAAGCUGCAGAAGAGAGUUCGGGAGCUGGAGCAGGAAAGGAAGAAAUUGCAAACUCAACUGGAGAAGGAGCAACAAGAAAACAAGAAAGUCCAGGUGAUUGAAACAAAGAAUGAAACAGAUGCAGACCAAGAUGCAGAUCUAGCCUACAACAGCCUGAAGAGACAAGAGCUGGAGUCAGAGAACAAAAAGCUGAAAAAUGAGCUGAACGAGCUGAGAAAGGCAGUGGCCGACCAGGCCACCCAGAACAACUCGACCCACGAGGUGCAGGACAGCUAUGCCCUCCUGCUGAACCAGCUCAAGUCAGCCAAUGAGGAGCUGGAGGUCCGCAAGGAGGAGGUGCUCAUACUCAGGGCCCAGAUUGUGAGCGCUGACCAGCGGAAGCGUGCUGGCAGGAGCACGGAGCCAAACAUUAAUGCCCGGACCAGUUGGCCCAACAGUGAAAAGCAUGUGGACCAGGAAGAUGCCAUUGAAGCCUAUCAUGGGGUCUGCCAGACAAAUAGCAAGACUGAGGAUUGGGGAUAUUUGAAUGAAGAUGGAGAACUCGGCUUGGCCUACCAAGGCCUAAAGCAAGUUGCCAGGUUGCUGGAAGCCCAGCUCCAGGCCCAGAGCCGAGAGCAUGAGGAAGAGAUGGAGUCUCUGAGGAGCCAGAUUGAAACCUUGAAGGAAGAGAUGGACAAGCAGCAGCAGACCUUCUGCCAGACGCUCCUGCUGUCUCCCGAGGCCCAGGUGGAGUUUGGAGUCCAACAAGAAAUAUCACGGCUGACCAAUGAAAACCUGGACCUCAAAGAAUUGGUAGAAAAGCUGGAAAAGAAUGAGAAGAAGCUGAAAAAACAAUUAAAGAUUUAUAUGAAGAAAGUCCAGGAUCUAGAAGCUGCCCAAGCAUUAGCACAGAGUGAGAGAAAGCAGCAUGAGCUUACCAGACAGGUCACGGUCCAGAGGAAGGAGAAGGAUUUCCAAGGGAUGCUGGAGUACUCCAAAGAAGAUGAGCCCCUUCUCGUUCGGAAUUUGGUGACAGAUCUGAAACCGCAGGCUCUGUCAGGCACGGUUCCGUGUCUUCCUGCUUACAUCCUCUACAUGUGCAUCAGACAUGCAGAUUAUGUCAACGAUGACCUGAAAGUGCAUUCCCUGCUCACCUCAACCAUCAAUGGCAUCAAGAAAGUACUAAAGAAGCACAAUGAUGACUUUGAGAUGACAUCUUUUUGGUUAUCCAAUACAUGCCGCCUUCUUCAUUGCUUGAAGCAAUACAGUGGGGAUGAGGGCUUCAUGACCCAGAACACUCCCAAACAGAAUGAACACUGUCUUAAGAAUUUUGACCUCACUGAAUACCGUCAAGUCCUAAGUGAUCUCUCCAUCCAGAUUUACCAGCAGCUCAUUAAGAUAGCAGAGGGCAUGUUGCAACCAAUGAUAGUGUCUGCCAUGUUGGAAAAUGAAAGCAUUCAGGGUUUGUCUGGAGUGAAGCCAACAGGCUACAGGAAGCGGUCUUCUAGCAUGGUGGACGGGGACAAUUCCUAUAGCCUGGAUGCCAUCGUACGCCAGAUGAAUUCCUUUCACAGUGUGAUGUGUGACCAGGGCCUGGAUCCUGAGAUCAUCCAGCAGGUGUUUAAGCAGCUCUUCUAUAUGAUCAAUGCUGUGGCCCUCAACAACCUCCUCCUGAGGAAGGACGUCUGUUCUUGGAGCACAGGCAUGCAACUCCGGUAUAAUAUAAGCCAGCUUGAGGAGUGGCUUCGAGGGAAGAAUCUCCACCAGAGCGGAGCAGCAGAGACGAUGGAGCCUUUGAUCCAUGCGGCACAGCUCCUGCAGUUAAAAAAGAAAACUCCUGAGGAUGCCGAGGCCAUUUGCACCUUAUGCACUUCCCUCAGUACGCAGCAGAUUGUCAAAAUCCUCAAUCUUUACACUCCCCUGAAUGAAUUUGAGGAACGAGUGACAGUAGCCUUCAUACGAACAAUUCAGGCACAACUACAAGAUCGAAAUGACCCUCAGCAGCUGCUCUUAGACUUCAAGCACAUGUUCCCCGUCUUGUUCCCAUUUAACCCAUCCUCCCUGACCAUGGACUCAAUUCACAUCCCUGCGGCUCUCAACCUGGAGUUCCUCAAUGAAGUGUGAAGACCCAUGUGAUGUCUUGGCUCCAGUCCCAGUGAGUUCAAGCAAAAAGAAAACAAUGACAUAAAUUGAAGGACAUCCUCUGUGUGGUAAAAGUAGACCAAGCCAGAGCCCAAGAACCUGUGCAGAGUGCUGAACUGUCCAGAAUCAGGCACAUAUCUUCAGUGUGAUUAUUUUUCUUUUGUAUUCUAUAGUUCAAAAUAAGAAUACUUGAAAUACAGGUUUUUUAAAAUAGUUUGGUUUCAGACUAAACAAGUGCAGUCCAUAGCAAUUAAUACAGUGACUUUCCCAGUGCCAUAAUCAAUGUACCAAUCUCGUCAAGCAGGCAUUGGCCAAUUUUUUUAUCUUCAUUCUGUGGCUAUUUAAUGCUUAAAAACUGGAAGUUUAAACUGCCUUCAGGGAGCUUCUAACAAAUGAUGGUAAUGAUCAUUUUGACGCUGACACACACUCCCCUUUCCACUGUUGUAGGAAGCAGGGGAAAUUAUGUUGUGGGUUUGUGGUGGAUUACCUGGUGACCAGGAUGAGUUUACCCAUUUUUCCCACUACAGAGGCCAGUAAUGUUGGCCUCUUCAUCCUUUCCCCAGACCUUAGUAGUAUUUUGAACUUUGCUUUUUUGGAGCAAAAAUGCCACAUUGGUACAAUCCCCUUUAUGCCCAAAGACUUCUUCUUGGUCUCAGAAUUUAGGAAGCUGCUACAUGUCAAUGCCCUUAGAUGACAACUACCAAAUUAAGUAACUAUAAGAGGAGAUGUUCUCAUGUUCAAAACUUGCUCACAGCGAAUGCAUCCAGACCAGGCACUAUUUUUAUGUACACAAUUCCCCCAAGUUCUGUUGUCAUUUAUGAAAGAAAAUGUCAGUGGGAAGACUAGUAAUCCCAAAAUAUCAUUUAUCUAUUCUCUAAUAUGACAGGAGAGCUCACAAAUAGUACUCCAUUGUCAUUUCAGCAUCCCCUAGGCAGUUAAAUUCCUUCUCAAAAGGCGAUUUAUGAGUGGUUGAAAAUAUACGAAAACAAUGAAUAUAGAUUUGGGUUUUAACUUGGUUGCUACAUUUUUUAAAUCCACUAAAAUUCCAGUAAAAUAUCUGACACUGUUCA